AACGAUAUGGCAACUCUGUUGUUGGGCCAAGAUGGCGACUGAAGCAUAGAGCGUUUUUCGCAUUUUCAAUUAUUCAAGAAAAAACGCUAUUUAAAGUCGAAAUGACUACAAUUGCGGAUUUGUUCACAAAGUACAAUUGUACCAAUUGCCAGGAUGAUAUCCAAGGCAUACGUGUACAUUGUGCUGAGUGCGAAAAUUUUGAUCUGUGCCUCCAAUGCUUCGCAACUGGCGCAGAGAUUGGCGCCCAUCAAAACAGUCAUGCAUAUCAGUUUAUGGACACCGGCACUGCCAUAUUGAGUGUAUUUCGCGGCAAGGGCGCCUGGACGGCACGCGAAGAGAUUCGCCUGCUAGAUGCAAUAGAACAGUAUGGCUUUGGCAAUUGGGAGGAUAUUAGCAAACACAUUGAAACCAAGUCCGCGGAGGAUGCCAAAGAGGAGUAUGUAAAUAAAUUUGUGAAUGGAACCAUAGGCAAGGCCACUUGGACGCCGGCGCAACUACAGCGGCCCAUCCUAAUCGAUCACACUGAAGAUGACACUGGACCCUUGGGCGCCAAUGCGCUUGCCCGCCUGCCACCCCUAGAUAUAACCAAUGAAGAAGCGCUGCAACUGGGCUACAUGCCCAAUCGUGAUAGCUUUGAGCGCGAGUAUGAUCCAACGGCCGAACAGUUGAUCUCAAACAUUGUAUUCAGUUCGGAGGAUGUGGAAGUGGAUGUCAUGCUGAAACUGGCUCACGUAGACAUAUAUACGCGGCGACUGCGCGAGCGGGCACGCAGGAAACGAAUGGUGCGCGACUAUCAGCUCGUGGCCAACUUCUUUCGCAAUCGCAACUAUGCGCUGCAUCCGGGCCUCACCAAGGAGCAGAAGGAGUUCCGCGAUCGCUUUCGUGUCUUUGCUCAAUUCUACUCCUGCAACGAGUACGAGCGCCUGCUCAGCUCGCUAGAGCGCGAGAAGGAGCUGCGCAUCAGGCAAUCGGAACUAUAUCGCUAUCGCUACAAUGGCAUCACGAAGAUCGACGAUUGCCGGCACUUUGAGCAGCAUGCAGCAAUGGCGACGCACCGCUCCACGGGACCAUAUGGCCAUGGAAAGACCCUCCUUUGUAUUAUCAACGCGCCCAACUCGCAGCGUUUGAAUGGUUGUAUAAGACAAUGUUUAACCACAGGACAACAUACAUCAUUACAAUGGAAGUCUUCGGCCGCUAAGCUCUUCCUUGCACUCCCCUCAAGCGAAUCCCAGAAAGGCCGAACAGUUAAGCGGCGCCGAGGCAAGUUCAAGUUCAAUCGCACCAAGAAGCAUGCACCACAUCGGCGACCCGACCUGCUCCGGCGUAUUAUUGCCCAGCAGAAACUACUUGGAUAGCUAUCGGACAUCGUCGGCAGCUACGACAACGAUGCUGCCGACGACAAUGACAACGGGGACGGUGACGGCGACGGCGAUGGGGCUGAGCACGGACAUGGGCCAGGGGCUGACAUUGGAGUCGGCAAUGACAGCGACGGCAGCGACUUCCACGGCUACGAUGACGGCAGCCCAGGCGAACUUGCCGCAGUCGACAGCAGCAGCGAAGGGAAACCCACAACAUCAGCAGCAGCUGCUGCAAAGCGGCUUAAAAAUGCAGCUGCAGCUAAGCGAUCCCGCCGCCGCCGCCAGCAAUAGUUCGGCAGAGGAACAGCUGCAGCAGCAACAGCAGCCGCCAAGCAUGAGCCAAAUUCUGCGUAGCCAACUGGACGAGCUGAAGCGUCGAUCACAGCCACUGGGAAGCGAUUUGCUCACGCACAAUGAGCUGGAUUUGUGCAAGAAGCACAACAUAACACCCACAACCUAUCUAUCCUUCAAAACGGUCUGCCUGAGUGGUGCUCCAUCUCUGGGCAGCCCCAUGGAAAUCUCGCUGCGCAAGUUCUUUAUCAAAUGCGGCUGGCUGAGCCACUGAACGUGCCACUGCAACUGUUGCCGUCGUUUCUGCUGUUGUUGCCAUUUUCCUAGCAAACACUAUAAAAAAUGAAUUAUUGCUUCAAAGACUUUAAUCAAUAGUUUAUUAUAUAGUUAUAUAUAUAUAUAAAUAUAUAUAGUUAAAAUGUAUGAUAAUAGGUCGCCCUAAACAAAUUGUAUACUGUUCUAUAUAAUUAUAUACAAAUCAUUAUUAUUUCUAUUUUUAUAUUUUUUUUGUACAUAUUUCGUUGUUACCAUUUAAGGUAAACUACAAAACUUCAAUUUGUAUGUAUUUCGACUUUAACUUGUAUCAAGUCAAACGGACAGAUUCCCAAAUUUCUUAGCAACAAAGAGAACAAAAACAAGUUUUGUUAUUUAAAACACAUGUUAGUAAUAUAUGCAAAGUGUGCAAGCGCUUAAGUUCAGCAUUCGUCUGGACGCUUUAGCAAGGGCGAACACAGAGAAUAUUAAAAGAUUUAAGCUUAAGUAGGGCACCUUUAAAAUUCUGUAUGUGAGUAUUCAAUGAAGUGUAUAUGAAAUAAUAAAUGUACUGAAUAAUGCGAA